UGCAGCCAGAGGUAAGACAGAACCCUGGACGCUGGAUGCCCUUUAAACAGACUCUGCGCCUCGAAGCUCUCGCAGUUUAACAAUGGCUCUAGCACCAUUCUGCUCUCGGACCGUGAUCAUUUUCCUUGCCGCCAUCCUCAUUGUGUUUGUAAUUUCAAUUGCCUGGAGGAGGAACAUUCUUAUCCCGCAAAACCUCGUGUGUCAACAAUUCGGGGCCGUUGCAAAAACAGUAGAUGGACAAAAUGGAACAGGUUCCACACGGAAUCAAGAGAAGGAGUUCCUUGUCCUAGUUUGGAACUGGCCUUUCGGAACCCACUUCCCUUUGGACACUUGCCUCCCUGUUCAUGGUAUUCCUGAUUGUAGGUUGACAGCAGACAGGAAUUUCUACAAUGUAGCUGAUGCUGUGGUCAUGCACCAUGCCGAUAUCAUGUAUGACAAAAAGUCAUUGCCCCAGAAUCCAAGGCCUCAUCACCAGAGCUGGGUCUGGUUUAACAUGGAGCCUCCGUUGAUUAUAAGAAACUUGCAUUACCUAGAUAACCUUUUCAACGUGACUAUGACUUUCCGCCAGGAUUCUGAUAUUGUAACUCCUUAUGGUUGGAUUCAAGCAUUGAAGGAACCUCAAAACGUAACCAUCCCACUCAAGACCAAGCUGGUGUCUUGGGUAGUUAGUCAGUGGUAUCCUGGUGCUCCUCGUAUAGCUUACUAUAAGGAGCUUAAGGAACACAUUCAUAUUGAUGUCUACGGGAAAGGAAACAUGAAGCUGAGCAGAGCCGACCUCCACAGCACUAUCUCUCAGUACAAAUUUUAUUUGGCCUUUGAGAACUCCAUCUAUAAGGACUACAUCACUGAGAAGUUAUGGUCCAACGCAUUUGGCUCCUGGGCUGUGCCAGUUGUGUUAGGAACAUCUCGGAAGAACUAUGAGCGUUUUGUUCCUGCAGAGGCCUUCAUUCACGUAGACGAUUUCUCCAGCCCCAAGGAACUGGCUGCCUACCUUCUUGAGUUGGACAAGGAUGACGAGAAAUACAGGAGAUACUUUAACUGGAGAGCCCAGUACAAGGUUUGGAAUGGGAAAGGGCUAGACACAGCCUACUGUGGAAUCUGCAGGUACAUGAAACAAUCUCCAUUUUACCAGACCAUCCCAAGUAUAGCCACGUGGUUUCUAGAACAUUGA